GCGGCGCUCGGCAUUGUGGCAGGCGGCGGAGGCCGGCGAGGGCGCCGGAGUCGCGGGUAGCGGCGGGGCGCAGAGAGGCGCGCGCGGGGGUUCGGACGGCGCGGCGCGGGCUGCUGCGAGUGUCGCUGAGUGCACUCACCUUCUGUCUCGCAACUUCGAAGCCAGGGCGUGGGAGCGCGGGGAGCGCUCGGAGCCCCAGAGCCUGAGGAGCGCAGAGAGGGGCGCGCCGGAGCCUGGCGGGAGAGCGGGCGCCGGGCACCCACUGCGCUCCGAGCGCCCGGCAGCCCUCUGCGCAGCGUGGCUGCCGCUGCCCCCACGGAGGGCACGGGCUGGCGCGGCCGGGCGCCGGGGAGGACGGCGAGGAGGAGGCGGCGGCGGCGGAGACGGCGGCGGCGAGGCUGGGGCCAGGGAGAGAGCCCCGGGGGAGAGGCGCCCGAGCCUGGCCGCGGGAGCAUGUGGGCCCGGAGCGGAGCGCGGGGCGCGCUGCUGCUGGCGCUGCUGCUCUGCUGGGACCCGAGGCUGAGCCAAGCAGGCACUGAUUCCGGCAGCGAGGUGCUCCCUGACUCCUUCCCCUCGGCGCCGGCUGAGCCCCUGCCCCACUUCCUGCAGGAGCCACAGGAUGCCUACAUCGUGAAGAACAAGCCCGUGGAGCUGCGCUGCCGCGCCUUCCCCGCCACGCAGAUCUACUUCAAGUGUAACGGCGAGUGGGUCAGCCAGAAUGACCACGUCAUGCAGGAGGGCCUGGAUGAGGCCACGGGCCUGCGGGUACGAGAGGUACAGAUCGAGGUGUCGCGGCAGCAGGUGGAGGAGCUGUUCGGGCUGGAGGAUUACUGGUGCCAGUGCGUGGCCUGGAGCUCCGCGGGCACCACCAAGAGUCGCCGGGCCUACGUCCGCAUCGCAUACCUGCGCAAGAACUUCGAUCAGGAGCCUCUGGGCAAGGAGGUGCCCCUGGACCAGGAGGUUCUCCUACAGUGCCGCCCACCAGAGGGCGUGCCUGUGGCUGAGGUAGAAUGGCUCAAGAAUGAGGACAUCAUCGACCCCACCCAGGACACCAACUUCCUGCUCACCAUCGACCACAACCUCAUCAUCCGCCAGGCCCGCCUGGCAGAUACGGCCAACUACACCUGUGUGGCCAAGAACAUCGUGGCCAAGCGUCGCAGCACCACUGCCAUGGUCAUUGUCUUCGUGAACGGUGGCUGGUCCAGCUGGGCGGAGUGGUCACCCUGCUCCAACCGCUGCGGCCGUGGCUGGCAGAAACGUACACGGACCUGCACCAACCCGGCCCCGCUCAACGGAGGCGCCUUCUGCGAGGGCCAGGCCUUCCAAAAGACCGCCUGCACCACCGUGUGCCCAGUGGACGGAGCGUGGACGGAGUGGAGCAAGUGGUCAGCCUGCAGCACUGAGUGUGCCCACUGGCGCAGCCGCGAGUGCAUGGCGCCCCCGCCCCAGAACGGAGGCCGAGACUGCAGCGGGACCCUGCUCGACUCCAAGAACUGCACCGACGGGCUGUGCAUACAGAAUAAGAAAACUCUAAGUGACCCCAAAAGCCACCUGCUGGAGACCUCGGGGGACGUGGCGCUGUACGCGGGCCUCGUGGUGUCCAUCUUCGUCGUCGUGGGCGUCGUCAUGGUGGUGGGGGUGGUGGUUUACCGCCGAAACUGCCGGGACUUUGACACGGACAUCACCGACUCGUCGGCCGCCCUCACUGGCGGCUUCCACCCCGUCAACUUCAAGACUGCGAGGCCCAACAAUCCACAGCUCCUGCACCCAUCCGUGCCUCCGGACCUCACGGCCAGUGCCGGCAUCUACCGCGGGCCCGUGUAUGCCCUGCAGGACUCCGCCGACAAGAUCCCCAUGACCAACUCGCCCCUGCUGGACCCCCUGCCCAGUCUCAAGAUCAAGGUCUACAACUCCAGCACCACCGGCUCGGGGCCAGGCCUGUCAGAUGGGGCUGACCUGCUGGGGGUCCUGCCGCCCGGCACGUAUUCCGGCGACUACACCCGGGAUGCCCACUUACUGCACCUGCGCAGUGCCAGCCUCGGCUCCCAGCAGCUCCUGGGCCUGCCCCGCGACCCGGGGAGCAGCGUCAGCGGCACUUUUGGCUGCCUGGGUGGGAGGCUCAGCAUCCCGGGCACAGGGGUCAGCCUGCUGGUACCCAAUGGAGCCAUCCCCCAGGGCAAGUUCUACGAGAUGUACCUCCUUAUCAACAAAGCAGAAAACACCCUCCCGCUUUCAGAAGGGACCCAGACGGUAUUGAGCCCCUCAGUGACCUGUGGGCCCACGGGCCUCCUGCUGUGCCGCCCUGUCAUCCUCACGGUACCCCACUGUGCUGAAGUCCGUGCCGGAGACUGGAUCUUCCAGCUCAAGACCCAGGCCCACCAGGGCCACUGGGAGGAGGUGGUGACCCUGGACGAGGAAACCCUGAACACGCCCUGCUACUGCCAGCUGGAGGCCAGGUCCUGCCACAUCCUGUUGGACCAGCUGGGCACCUACGUGUUCACGGGUGAGUCCUAUUCCCGCUCGGCAGUCAAGCGUCUCCAGCUGGCCAUUUUCGCUCCUGCCCUCUGCACCUCCCUGGAGUACAGCCUCAGGGUCUACUGCCUAGAGGACACGCCCGUAGCGCUGAAGGAGGUGCUGGAACUGGAGCGGACCCUGGGUGGCUACCUAGUGGAAGAGCCAAAACCCCUGCUGUUUAAAGACAGUUACCACAAUCUGCGCCUGUCUCUGCACGACAUCCCCCAUGCCCACUGGAGAAGCAAGCUGCUGGCCAAGUACCAGGAGAUCCCCUUCUAUCACAUUUGGAGUGGCAACCAGAAGGCCCUGCACUGCACCUUCACCCUGGAGAGGCACAGCCUGGCCUCCACAGAGCUCUCCUGCAAGAUCUGUGUGCGGCAGGUGGAAGGAGAGGGCCAGAUCUGCCAGCUGCACACCACGCUGGCAGAGACACCUGCUGGCUCCCUGGACGCCUUCUGCUCUGCCCCUGGCAGCACGGUCACCACCCAGCUGGGACCCUACGCCUUCAAGAUUCCACUGUCCAUCCGCCAGAAGAUAUGCAACAGCCUGGAUGCCCCCAACUCGCGGGGCAAUGACUGGCGGCUAUUGGCGCAGAAGCUCUCCAUGGACCGGUACCUGAACUACUUUGCCACCAAAGCAAGCCCCACGGGUGUAAUCCUGGACCUCUGGGAAGCUCUGCAGCAGGAUGACGGGGACCUCAACAGCCUGGCGAGUGCCUUGGAGGAGAUGGGCAAGAGUGAGAUGCUGGUGGCCAUGGCCACUGACGGGGACUGCUGAGCCGCCCCGGACCGUGGACUGGGAGGGCUGGCAGGAGGCAGGCACAGAGGAGGCAGCCUCGUGUGAGGCAGUGCGGCCCCUGCUGCCCCCCAGCUCACAGCCAGAGGCGCCCCCUCCUCCUCCUCCCCUUGCCCCAUUCCCAGACCACGACCAGCCUUAGAAAAUCCAUGUACUCUGUUGUCAGGAAGACCCAGUGUUCCUUCUCCACCCUUGCUGUCCCCCCUGCCCUUGGAUCUCCGUGGAGGAACCGAGACGAGGCCUCUGGAGGCAGCGAGGGGAGCCAGGAGGUGGCCCUCCCUCCCUCCUCCCACCCCCACCAGCCACCUCCGCCCCAGGAGCUCUGGGUGACAUUUGUCUUAGAUGCGUUCUUCGGUUUCUUCCUCAGUUACUGGUUUCUCCCUCCCGCCUAAGUCCUCUUCUCCUUUCACACCGUUUUCCUCUUUGAAGAGUCAAGUACAAUUCAGACGAACUGCUUUCUGUCGUCCAAAGCAAAAAGGAAAAGGAAAGGAAGAAAGAAAGCUUCAGACCCCUAGUCAGGCUCAAAGAAGAAAAAAGAGAAACCCCAAAACCACAAGGGAAAAGAAAAACCCAGUUUCUUAGGAAACGCAAAUGCUUUAUUAUCCAGAUAUUUGGAUGAGUCCUUUUUAAGAAAAAAAAAAAAUGAAAAUGAAAAACAACACAAAAAAAUAGAAAACUCUUUCCUUGAGUGUGGAUGAGUGUGGGCUUGCUCAUGGUUCUGGCCAGGAGUGAGCGUGUGUGCGUGUGUGGGUGUGUGUGUGUGAGAGAGAGAGAGAGAGAGAGAGAUUAUCAGGGAGAGAGAACAGGGAACACCUUGCUGCUAAUGAUUCUGUCUUAGGCUAAAUUCCUACAAGGCCUCAGUUUCCCCAGGUGUACAGGGUCAAACGGGGUUUUAGCCAUGGUACCAUGUUUCCCUCUAAAAUUCUGAGCAGAUGCUGAAUCUUUAAAGGCAAGGAGCCCUGAGAUCUGGAGUGGGCUGGGGUCCUCCCUCCCGCAUCCCCAGGCAGAUGCCCCACAGGCUCCCUGGGCUCCUGGAGAAUCCAGAUUAAGAGGCCCAGGGAUGGAAACUGGGCAGACCAGGCCAGCUGUGAGCCAGAGACAAUGUUUCCAGUGCCCCGGUCUGGUGGCUCCUGGAAAAGGGGGUGGGGCCCAGAAGUGGGGCUCUAGCAGAGAAAGAAGUGGGCAGGGAGAGUCUCCCAUGGGCACUUCUCUCCUUCACCCCAGGGUGGGAGCAGCCAGGCCACCCCUCUACCUAGCAGCCCCCACACCAGGUGGGCUGGCGCAAAUUGACAUUCCGCUAAUGCCCAGGAAUCCGGGAACUGGUCUCCCCCAGCCUCAGUUUCUCCGUCUAUAAAGCAGGAGGGCUGGAUAAGCGGGCCUCUGACUGCAGAAGCCUGAGCUUCUGGGCCUCAGCGUGGCUUUACGGAAUGUGUGAGCAGUCAGCCCUGCGGGCCGGGAGGCUGGGAAGUGGGCGGGCUGGCUGUGCUCUACGUGCACGCCCCAGUGAAGGAGGACCUGGGGAGGGCUGUUUUCCCAGCUCUGACCUCCACCGGCAGCUCCCUUAGCCCUGUUCUCACCCUCCCACUGCAGUCUGGGAGGUCUGAACAGGCGGGACUGCCAGGGUGGAGGGGGCUGGUACCUCCUCACCAGCCUGCUCUGGGAUGCUCCAAGGGCCCAGCAGGAUCCCUUUUGGGCUGGCUGAUCAUGGCCGGGACCAGGCUCUUACGGCUGGCACAGAGGCCUCCUCGCAGGCCUCUCCCUGGCACCCGGGGCAAAGCAAGAAGUUCUGGGCACUGACCCCAGGGCUUGCCCCAGCUGGUCCAUGACCAGCCUGGGCACAUCCUGGCCCUUGAAAGUCUGGUCUCCAGGGAGGAGAACAGGUUUGGGGGCUCCAGUCCUAGCCGGCAACCUCAGCCUACCCUUCCCUGCCAUGGACUCAGGCUCAUGGGGGUUCUCGCCCCCUGCCGGUGACCCUGGGGGGGUGGGUAGGUUGGCCACGGACAGAGGCCUGCUCGGUUUGAGAGAGGAUCUCUCCUAUCAGCGCUGCUGAAGGAGCCGGGCCUGCACUCAGGGCUUGGCAACAACGGCUCUCUGCCCCAGCGCCUGUGUGGUGUUGCCUCGCAGGCCUCGAGGCUUCCCUGCCAAAGGUGCCCAUCCGCUGUGGGCUCAGCAUCCCUGAUGAGUCCUGGCCUGAGCUGUGCAGGCAGGGGUGACAGCAUGGCCCGGAGAGAGCAGCCUGACCAGUGCCAUGAGAGGCUUUACCCGGACCCUUCCCAUCAGUCUCUGCUCACAGGCAGCCUGGAGUCCAAAGACCAGCACCCCCGCUCCAGCUGUGCCAGUAAACUGCUGUGUGACCUUAGGCAUAGGACUGCCUUCUCUGGGCCUCACUUCCUUUUUACACCUGCGGCUGCUGUCUGACUGCCCUUGGGUUCUGACACACACGGUCAUUCUGGGUUUCUCGUGGGAGGGAACCAGGCCGUGUUCUGCCGGGCCCCUCCUCCCUGCCCCGCUCGCUCAGCAGCCACGACGGGAGCUCUUGGUGGAUGAGGCCAAGCCAGCCGCACACGUGCCAUUUCUCAUCUGAUUUCCAGAAAUUGUGCACCAGGGCCUGGAGCACAGAACCGAUUGGCUGGGGCCUCCUGGGAGGGUUCAAAUUGUCCAGCUUUAUAAGAAACGCCGAGAAAGGGUUUGCUGCCUCCAUCAAUCAAACCUCUGCUGAGGCUGCUGUGGCUGCGUCCCUACGCUGCCCGCCUUAGGGUAGGAUCAAGAUUUCUCCUCUGAUUCAAGCCUGAGAGGCAGCCCCACGUGGCCUGUGUACCGCCAAGAGUGGCAGAUCAGGGGCCACCGCAGGCUUGCAGGGCCCUCCCGUGGGCGUUUACGUGUCUCAUCUCCGGGGUGUGUGCUUGCGUGUGUGCGUGCCCCGCGCGCGUGUGCUUUUAUCUGCAGGCACAUCAGGGUACCCCUCCGGGAACGUGUCCCCACCCGGGUGCGAGCGUGUGCCCUCUCCGAGUCCACAGGGUCAGUUGGUGUAUCUUCUACGUGCCUCUCCCUCUGCUUUCUCUCGCAGUGAGCCGGGCUCCAGAGCUCCGGGCCAGGGGUCCUCCUGAGGGUGUGGGGAACCCCAUCUCCUGGACGAUCCAGGACCCUCUGGUCCUUUCCCCAGCAACCAGGCAGCUGAGCUAGGUCCCUUAGUAGGCCCUCUGAGGGAAGGUGACCAGGAGUUCGGCUGCAGGGAGCAGAUCUCCUGGGGGCAAAGGGCUGGACCCCCUGCCUGGGCCGUGGACAUGCGUUAUGUGUCCCAGGGAUGUAGGGCUGCAGGGAUGGCCCAAUCCCACCACUGUUGAGUCUGUAAACUUCGAUCUGUAAAUAACGUUUAGCAUUCCUAUUGUAACAAAAUUAAUUUU